AUGGUCUGCCAUUUCAACGGCGUGCAUCCCACGGAUACUGAUGUCACUUUAGACAAUGUCAAGCUGCCACAAGUUAACAAAUUCAAGUAUCUUGGAUCUGUGAUAUCAGACGAUGGCACGUUGGAUGCGGAUGCCACGCACAGAGUCGCAGCAGGGUGGAACAAAUGGCGCCAGCUUACGGGAGUUAUGUGUGAUACAAAAAUGCCAGUAAGAACGAAAGGCACAGUUUACAAGACUGCAAUAAGGCCGGCUAUUCUAUAUGGCACUGAAACAUGGGCUGCCAAAAACGUACACACUCAGAAGCUCCACACCGCUGAAAUGCGCAUGCUGAGAUGGUCGAGCGGGGUCACGCUAAAAGACAAAGUUCGCAACGAAUACAUCCGAGGUAGUCUAAAGGUGGCCCCGAUCACCGAUAAACUCGCAGAGACCAGACUCAGGUGGUAUGGUCAUGUCAUGCGCAGACCAGAAGAUUUUGUCGUGAAGAAGUGCCUUUCCAUCGCAACAAGCAAAAGGGGACGCGGUAGACCGCCAGCCACAUGGCUAACGACUGUCCAGAGGGACAUGAAAACUCUAUCAUUACAAUGCAAUGACGUAUAUGACCGCAACAAAUGGCGUGACAUGAUUAAGAAAGCCGACCCCGUGUAA